AAAACCCGCCCCGCCCGCCGCCGUGACGUCACGCGCUCCGCCGCUCAGUGCGACGUGUCCCUUGGCCGGCGGCAAUCAUGGAUCAGGUAAUGCAGUUUGUGGAACCCAGCCGUCAGUUUGUAAAAGAUUCCAUACGACUUGUUAAGAGAUGCACCAAGCCUGACAGGAAAGAGUUCCAGAAGAUUGCCAUGGCAACAGCAAUAGGCUUUGCGAUAAUGGGAUUUAUUGGUUUCUUUGUCAAAUUGAUCCAUAUCCCUAUCAACAAUAUAAUUGUAGGUGGCUGAAUGUUCAUCAUGAAGAAGACAGUUGUGACACCUGCUACAAUGAUUUCACAGCUUUCAUUUGUUUGAUAUUAAACAAGCUUAGUUUGGGUUUUCAAA